AUGAACAUAAAGUGUCGAAUUGUGGAUCACCAUCACAUUUUUCACAUGUACCUUAAGCCAGGGGAUCUUCUUCUUGGUGGCCUUGUUCGUCAUACCUUCUUUGUCUCCAGCCCAAAAUCUUUUGAUAAAUCACCACCUCCAACAUACUCUGAAAAGUACCAGGUUAUGACUCAGAACUACCAACAUAUUCUGGCCUUGGACUUUGCAAUAAAGAAAAUCAAUGAAGACCCACAGGUCUUACCCAACAUCACUCUUGGAUUCCAUAUCUAUGAUAGCCAUUUCAAUACCAGGUGGGCCUUUCGUUCUGCAAUGCAACUUAUUUCUCCAAAGGAGCAAUUUCUCCCAAAUUACCAUUGUGAUAGUAAAGACAAUCUUCUUGCAAUCAUUGAAGGACUUGGCAUUGAAUCUUCCUCUCAGAUCCCAAAUAUUUUUAGCAUCUACAAAAUUCCUCAGCUCUCCUAUGGCUCUGCUCCAUUGACAAUGAAUCACACCCAAACCACUUACUUCUACCAAAUGGUUCCAAAUGAAGCCCAUCAGUAUAAGGAAAUUCUCAAAUUACUUCUCUAUUUCAGGUGGACCUGGGUUGGAUUUUUCAUUGCAAAUGGAAUAAAUUCUGAAUGGAUAUUUCAAAUUAUGGUUCCAGAAUUUGUUACUUGUGGACUUUGCUUUGCUUUUAUAGAUACAAUCUACAAUAUAGGAAUGAAAAGUGAAUAUGGGAAUAUUAAAAAAUGGAAAUAUAAAUUAUGGAAUAGAAUCAUGACCAGCACAGCUAAUAUAUUUCUCCUCUUUGGUGAUAUUCGCACUCCAGUAUUUUUGGACAUGUUGUUACGUCUAGGAAGGGAUAAUGAAAGAACAAACAAGAUCAAUGGUAAAGUGUGGAUUUUGACUGCUCAGCUAGAACUUAAAUACUAUAGUAAUAAACGGGGUCAAAAAACUGCUGAACUAAUCUAUCAUGGUGCUUUAUCCUUGGCUAUCCAUUCAAGUGAACUACAAGGAUUUAAGGAAUUUAUUUGGGACAGAAAGCCUUCCAAUGUGAAAGAAGAUUUUUUAAUGAGCGACUUUUGGUCUUCUGCUUUUGGCUGCAAUUUCCCCAAUUGGAUUCUGAACCGUAAAUAUAGAAACCUCUGCAGUGGACUGGAGGACUUGGAGAACAUUUCUGAAAACAUUUUAGAGAAAACCAUUACUGGGCAUAGCUACAGCAUCUAUAAUGCUGCCUUUGCUGUGGCUCAUGCUUUGCAUGCCAUGUAUUCCUCCAGAUUCAAGUACAAAAAAAUGAUGGAGAAGAGGAAAUGGACAUCUCUUACUCAGCAAUCAUGGAAGGUAAUAUUUCGAAAGGCCCAUUGGUUCUUUAUUCUCAGUAGUGGAGCUAAUACCAUAAAAGCAUACAAGGUUAUGACUCAGAACUACCAACAUAUUCUGGCCUUGGACUUUGCAAUAAAGAAAAUCAAUGAAGACCCACAGGUCUUACCCAACAUCACUCUUGGAUUCCAUAUCUAUGAUAGCCAUUUCAAUACCAGGUGGGCCUUUCGUUCUGCAAUGCAACUUAUUUCUCCAAAGGAGCAAUUUCUCCCAAAUUACCAUUGUGAUAGUAAAGACAAUCUUCUUGCAAUCAUUGAAGGACUUGGCAUUGAAUCUUCCUCUCAGAUCCCAAAUAUUUUUAGCAUCUACAAAAUUCCUCAGGUGCAACCUUUCUCAGUUUGUAAUGAAAAGUGCCAACCUGGUUACAGAAAACAAAAAAAAGAAGGGGAGCCAUUUUGCUGCUAUGAUUGCAUUCCUUGUCCAGAAGGCAAGAUUUCUGAAUGGGCAGAUAUGCCUGACUGUGUUGAAUGCAAAGAAGGCCAUUAUCCAAACAAGCAGCAUAAUAUCUGCGUUCCUAAAAUUGUAACAUUUUUGUCCUAUAAUGAAACUAUAGGAAUGGGUUUAGCCAUCAGUGCUCUUUUCCUUUCACUGAUAACAGUUGCCUUAUUAAGAACAUUUAUAAUGCAUCAUAACACUCCCAUUGUGAAAGCCAAUAACCGAGACCUCACUUACACCCUUCUCAUCUCUCUUCUGCUCUGCUUCCUUUCUACACUGCUUUUUAUUGGGCAGCCUCAAAAGAUCACGUGUGUCCUGCAACAAUCUGUUUUUGGCAUAGUCUUCUCAAUAGCUAUUUCUUCAGUAUUAGCCAAAACCAUCACUGUGGUUCUGGCAUUCAUGGCCACCCAACCAGGAACAAAGAGGACUAGAAGGAUGGGGAAAGGAUUGGCCAAUUCCAUUGUUAUUUGUUGUUCUCUUAUUCAAGUAGGCAUUUGUACUGCGUGGCUGUUAACCAGUCCCCCAUUUCCGGAUGCUGAUAUGCACUCAGGAAUGAGUGAAACUACCCUGCAGUGUAAUGAGGCAUCCCCUGCCAUGUUUUACAGUGUGAUUGGGUACAUAGGCUUUUUAGCCACUGCCAGCUUUAUUGUGGCUUACUUUGCCAGGAAUUUACCUGACAGUUUCAAUGAAGCCAAAUCUAUUACAUUCAGCAUGCUAGUGUUCUGCAGUGUGUGGUUGUCAUUUGUUCCAAGUUACCUGAGCACUAAAGGAAAAUACAUGGUUGCUGUGGAGAUUUUCUCUAUUUUAGCUUCUGGUGCUGGAUUGCUGAGUUUUAUAUUUUUCCCCAAAUGGUACAUCAUUGUUGCGAGGCCUGAACUGAACAACCGGGAUCAGCUUAAGUGGAGAAAGCAUUGA